AUGGCAUCAGACAUAGCGAAGGUUUGCAAACUGAUUUUCAGGGUUGGGCUGGUCUUCAUGUGUUUGUUAACCUUGAGGACUAGGUUGGAUAAAGAGGUCCGCGAUGGGCGAGUACGCGGGUGCCACACGCUCCUCGCCUUCUGCUGCCUGCAACUGGUGGCAGCGCUGGAGCAGCAGAUCUUUGACUUCCAGGGCCGCCUACCAGUGAGCUCCCACCCUAGCCAAUUUCCUGCGCCUCGUGGCGCUCACCCUGGGCAUUGUGGGCACCGCAGUGUGGCUGACACUCCGGGCUGGCCUGACUGCGUUUAUCACCUGCUUCUACCCGAAGGCUGGACCCAAUAUCCCCAGACCGCGACUUCCCCACAGCGUCCAAAUGCCCCUGUACCGAUCCAGGGAUGGAGAAUCGCCGGGCAGCGGGCGACUCCGGUUCUGAACUUCCCCUGGCCAUGGGGGGCUGCCGUGCAGUCUUGUCCCUCGCUGCCUGCUGCACUGUCCCUGCAAAGAAGCCCUCAGCAGCGCCCGCAGAUCCUCCUGGCGCUGCUCCACUUCCUGUUCGCCAGCUGUGGGAGCAAAGUCUUCCUGAAGGAGGAGGCAGCUUUGACUUCAUCAGCGGCUUCCACUCCUAGGGAUGCCAGGCGCCCCAGAAGACGUCCCGUUGACACCAGCAGCCUCUAUGCGCUUCGGGUAGCCCUGCCCUGCCUGCCCUGGCCCUGUGCCCUUGGCGCUGGACAGACCUCGGCAGCCGCGAUCUUGGUCAGGACCAGCGGGCACAGCCCUGGGGGCUCGGGACCCACUGCAGCCUGUGAAGGCCCCAUGGCUCUGCACACAGAGAGGCGGAGCAGCAGACUUUGGGACUUGGCCCUUCACAACCAGGACUUCAGAGAGGAAUGGGGCGGGCCCCUCACUACAUUCACACAUCACCGCUUGCCAAGACCUCUCCUCAACAACCAUCUUAUCAAAGGUGUGGUGUCAGCACAGCGGCAGGUCACCGUUCAGGAAGGACCCUUGUACCGCACGGAGGGCUCCCACAUCACUAUCUGGUGCAAUGUGAGUGGCUACCAGGGACCUUCUGAGCAGAAUUUCCAGUGGUCCAUUUACCUGCCUUCGUCGCCAGAGCGAGAGGUGCAGAUCGUCAGCACCAUGGACUCUUCCUUCCCCUAUGCCAUCUACACCCAGCGCAUCUGCGAAGGGAAGAUCUUCAUAGAAAGAGUCCAGGGGAACCCAACCCUAUUGCACAUCACAGAUCUUCAGGCCCGGGAUGCCGGAGAAUAUGAAUGCCACACACCCAGCACCGAUAAGCAAUACUUUGGGAUUUACAGUGCAAAGAUGAACCUAGUGGUGAUCCCAGACUCCCUGCAGACCACUGCCAUGCCCCAGACUCUGCACAGAGUGGAGCAGGACCCACUGGAGCUCACUUGUGAGGUGGCCUCGGAGACCGUUCAGCACAGCCACCUGUCUGUGGCCUGGCUCUGGCAGAAAGUUGGCGAGAAGCCCGUGGAGGUCAUCUCCCUGAGCCGAGAUUUCAUGCUUCACUCCGGCAGCGAAUAUGCCCAGAGGCAGAGCCUGGGGGAGGUGCUGCUGGACAAGCUGGGGAGGACCACCUUCCGCCUCACCAUCUUCCACCUGCAGCCUUCUGACCAGGGCGAGUUCUACUGCGAGGCCGCCGAGUGGAUCCAGGAUCCGGAUGGGUCAUGGUAUGCUAUGACCCGAAAGCGUUCCGAGGGAGCCGUGGUCAACGUCCAGCCAACUGACAAAGAAUUCACUGUUCGGCUGGAAACAGAGAAGCGGCUGCACACGGUGGGCGAGCCGGUGGAGUUCAGAUGCAUCCUGGAGGCUCGGAAUGUUCCCGACCGUUACUUUGCUGUCCCCUGAGCCUUCAACAGCUCGCUCAUCGCCACCAUAGGCCCUAACGCUGUGCCUGUCCUCAACAGCGAAUUUGCUCACCGGGAAGCCAGGGGACAGCUUAACGUGGCCAAAGAGAGCGACAGUGUCUUUGUGCUGAAGAUCUACCACCUCCGCCAGGAAGAUAGAGGGAAAUACAACUGCCGGGUGACUGAGCGAGAGAAAACCGUGACGGGGGAAUUCAUUGAUAAGGAGAGCAAGCGUCCCAAGAACAUCCCCAUCAUAGUCCUCCCCCUCGAGAGCAGCAUCUCCGUGGAGGUGGCCAGCAAUGCCAGCGUCAUCCUUGAGGGCAAGGACCUGCGCUUCUCCUGCAGCGUCCGCAUGGCAGGCAGGCUGCAGGGUCGCUUCUCUGUCAUCUGGCAGCUUGUGGACAGGCAGAACCGCCGCAGCAAUAUCAUGUGGCUAGACCGGGAUGGCACCGUGCAGCCAGGCUCGUCCUACUGGGAGCGCAGCAGCUUUGGGAGCGUCCAGAUGGAGCAGGUGCAGCCCAACUCAUUCAGCCUGGGCAUCUUCAACAGCAGGAAGGAGGACAAGGGCCAGUAUGAAUGCCAUGUGACUGAAUGGGUGCGGGUGGUGGAUGGCGAGUGGCAGAUUGUUGGGGAGCGCCGGGCCAGCACUCCCAUCUCCAUCAUAGCUCUUGAAAUGGGCUUCGCAGUAACAGCCAUCUCCCGGACACCGGGGGUGACCUACAGCGACUCCUUUGACUUGCAGUGUAUCAUCAAACCCCACUACCCUGCCCAGGUCCCCGUGUCAGUGACAUGGCGGUUCCAGCCGGUGGGCACGGUGGAGUUCCAUGACUUGGUGACCUUCACCCGGGAUGGAGGGGUCCAGUGGGGGAACAGGUCCUCCAGCUUCCGAACCCGAACUGCCACCGAGAAGGCUGAGUCCAGCAACAACGUCCGCCUAAGCAUCAGCCGAGCCAGUGACGCGGAAGCAGGCAAGUACCAGUGUGUGGCAGAGCUGUGGCGGAAGAACUACAACAACACCUGGACACAACUGGCAGAGAGGACCUCCAGCCUGCUGGUGAUCAGGCUGCUGCAGCCAGUGACAAAGCUACAGGUGAGCAAAUCGAAGAGGACCCUCACCCUGGUGGAAAACAAGCCCAUUCAGCUGAACUGCUCAGUCAAGUCUCAGACCAGCCAGAACUCCCACUUUGCGGUGCUCUGGUACGUCCACAAGCCCUCAGAUGCCAACGGCAAGCUUAUCCUGAAGACUACCCACAACUCCGCCUUCGAAUACGGUACUUACGCGGAGGAGGAGGGCCUGAGAGCCAGGCUCCAGUUUGAGAGGCAUGUGUCGGGGGGCCUGUUCAGCCUCACCUUCCAGAGAGCCAAGGUCAGCGACAGCGGCAGCUACUACUGCCACUUGGAGGAGUGGCUGCUGAGCCCCAACUACGCCUGGUACAAGCUGGCAGAGGAGGUUUCUGGGCGCACAGAAGUCACUGUGAAACAGCCAGCGGGUGCAGCCCAGAACUGUCUUCUGAGGAAGAGGUGCUCUCCUGGGCCCCCACUGUCCCCAGGCCUCAGCAGCAAGGCAAGUGAGGUGCUGCCGUCAUCCAGGCUGGACAGUUCAGUGAUUUGCCUGAGGCCCCACAGCAGGAGAACGAGAAGGCUGCCUGAUCAGAGAGUCUCUGAAGAAGAUCCUGUGGCUACAGGCUUCAGCAGAGUGUGAGGGAGACCCCAGUUAUUUCCUCAGGUGUUUCCACCAAAUCCUCCUGUCUUUCAUGGCCAACACCCCAGGCAAGGCUUGGGGUCCCCGUCUGCUGCUGGACGCAGAGCCAUGAAGAAGAAGUUAGUGGUGCUGGGCCUGCUGGCCGUGGUCCUGGUGCUGUUCAUUGUCGUCCUCUGUCU